CCUCUUGCCUCUUGCUGUCAUCGCCUUGGAGCCAGGCGGAUAUUGUGGAGCGCUACGGCCACAGAACUGCAGGAUUCAUCAGGGAUCUGGAAAGUGUGAGAGUGUGGAGGAGGAGUGGAGUAAAGAACUGGUGGGCUUUUCUGCAGUAUCCUUCCACUUCAUCAUGGAUCUCUGGAGUAAAGAAGUCCAGGGAAUUAUUAUACAGGUCGCCCUGAUACUUUUCAGCUUGUACAGGGCAACAAGAGGGGAAGUGUGUCACAGUCCGCUGGUAUCCAAUCUACUGCCAUCGUCCUUCAGAAGCUCCUCCCAGUUGUCUGGCAGCCAUGGGCCAGGCUUUGCCAAGCUGAACCGGAGAGAAGGAGCUGGAGGGUGGUCUCCUUUGAGUUCAGACAAGUAUCAGUGGUUGGAGGUUGACCUGGGGGAGCGGACACAAAUCACUGCCGUUGCUACUCAAGGCCGCUAUGGGAGCUCUGAUUGGCAGACGGCCUACCUCCUGAUGUUCAGCGACACAGGACACAACUGGAAACAGUAUCGACAGGAAGACAGUAUAGGGGCCUUUCCAGGAAACAGUAACGCAGACAGUGUGGUCCAGCACAAGCUCCAACAUCCAGUGAUUGCUCGUUACGUCCGCCUGAUCCCUCUGGACUGGAAUCCCAAUGGUCGGAUUGGACUCAGACUGGAGACCUAUGGAUGUCCUUACAACUCUGACGUGCUGAGCUUUGAUGGCCGUGGCAGCCUUCUCUACUGGUUGAGUCCCAGGCCGAGGCAGAUGACCAGGGAGAGCAUAUCUCUGAAAUUUAAAACCCUGAGGAACUCUGGGAUACUGCUUCACGCAGAAGGACAGAGUGAGCACAGCCUCACCCUAGAGUUAAAGAAAGGAAAGCUUCUCCUCCUCCUCCGAAAAGGCAGGAGUUCUUCUUCCGAAAGCCAUCAGCUGGUGUCUCUGGGCAGCCUGUUAGAUGACCAACACUGGCACCACAUCGCAGUGGAGCGUCACAGCACUUACCUCAACCUCACCGUGGACAAAAGCACGCUGUGGGUGCAGAUCCCACCAAGACUCACCCACUGGGACCAUGACCAGAUGAGUGUGGGAGCAGACCAGGGCCCCAGCUCUGCGAGGUCAGUCGGGUCAAACAAGAAUUUUCAAGGCUGUUUGGAAAAUCUUGUUUACAACGGCAUGAAUCUGGUAGACCUCGCCAAACAGAAAGACCAGCGGGUCUCUGUGAAGGGUAAUAUGACCUUUUCUUGUGCUGAACCCGUUUUUGUUGCCAUGACGUUCACCAGUCCCCAGAGCUUUCUCUGGUUGCCAGGGGUGACAGAAUCGUCAUCAACUGGCAUGUCGGUGGGGCUUCAGUUUCGGACGUGGAACAGGGGGGGGCUGCUGCUGACCUUUGUUCUCCCAAAGCAAGGGGGUGCAGUCUGGCUGUACCUGAGCAAAGCCAGGCUACAUCUGCAGAUCCACAAGUCUGGCAGGUCACCGCUGGAGCUCAGUGCAGGUUCAGCUCUGAAUGAUGGUCAGUGGCACUCUGUGGAGCUGAUCUCCAGACGAGGACAUUUGACUGUCGCUGUGGACGGAGAUGAAGGAGCCUUGUCUCACGCCAGUCCCUCAUUUCUUCUUACCACGGGAAGUCAGCUUUUCUUUGGUGGUUGCCCUGCUGAAGGGAACAGCCAGGAGUGUAUGAACCCCUUCAAGGCUUUCCAGGGCUGCAUGCGUCUGCUGACUGUGGACAACCAACAGGUGGACUUGAUUAUGGUGCAGCAGAGGCUGAUGGGAAACUACAGUCACCUGCUGAUUGACAUGUGUGGUAUCAUUGACAGGUGUUCUCAGAGUCACUGUGAACACGGAGGCAGCUGCAGUCAAUCAUGGAGUACCUUUCACUGUAACUGCUCCAGCACCGGCUACAGCGGAGCCACCUGUCACAGCUCUAUAUACGAGCAGUCCUGUGAGGCAUACAAACACAAAGGCAACACUUCAGGGUAUUAUUACAUCGAUGUGGACGGCAGCGGACCCAUCAGACCGCAGCUAAUAUACUGCAACAUGACAGAGGACAAAACAUGGAUAGUGAUCCAGCACAAUAACACAGAGCUGACCAGAGUCCGACCAUUGCCAGGAAAAAAUCAGCACUCAGCUCACUUUGAAUACACAUCUGAAGAGGGGCAGCUGGCUGCCAUUAUAAGCCAAUCAGAGCACUGCGAACAGGAACUGACCUACCACUGCAAGAAGUCACGCCUCCUCAACACACCGGAUGGCCCUCCACUAAGCUGGUGGGUAGGAGGUCCAGGUGUUGGACAGAUGCAGACUUAUUGGGGCGGGGCUGCACCAGGCAGCCAGCAGUGUGUCUGUGGCCUGCAGGAGAAUUGUGUGGAUCCCAAACACCACUGCAACUGUGAUGCUGACCGCACCGAAUGGGCAAAUGACUCAGGCCUGCUGACCCAUAAAGAAACCCUUCCUGUUAGAUCUCUCGUGCUGGGUGAUGUCCACAGGCCUGGCUCAGAAAGCGCCUUCAGGGUGGGGCAUCUCCGUUGCCAUGGAGACAAGAAUGUCUGGAAUGCUGCAUUUUUUGACAAAGAGACAUCGUACCUCCACUUUCCCACAUUCCACGGAGAGCUGAGUGCAGAUAUCUCCUUCCUGUUUAAAACCACUUCAUCCUCUGGGGUCUUCCUGGAAAACUUGGGCAUCAAAGACUUCAUUCGGAUCGAACUCAGCUCCUCCACUGAGGUCCUCUUCUCCUUUGAUGUGGGUAACGGUCCGUUGGAAGUUCGUGUGAAGGCUGGCGUCCCACUGGAUGACAACAGGUGGCAUCGCAUUCGAGCCGAGCGCAACGUUAAAGAGGCAUCCCUUCGCCUUGACGAGCUCCCUGCUGCCACGCAGGAGGCACCUGCUGAUGGGCACAUCCACCUGCAGCUCAACAGCCAGUUAUUUAUAGGAGGCACAGCGUCCAGACAGAAGGGCUUCCGGGGCUGUAUUCGCUCUCUGCAGCUGAAUGGCGUCACCCUGGACCUGGAGGAGAGAGCGAAGAUUACCCCCGGGGUUCAAGCGGGAUGUCCAGGCCACUGCAGCAGCUAUGGCUCUCUCUGCCAGAACAAGGGUCGCUGUGUGGAGAGACCCAACAGCUUUUCCUGCGACUGCGGUCCGUCUGCCUACACCGGAGCCUUUUGCGACAGAGAGGUUUCAGCCAGCUUCAAGUCGGGAACUUCAGUCAGCUACACCCUCAAGGAGCCGCUGUCGAACAAGCUGAACAGAAGCAGCAGCGCCCUGCCGUCCUCCAUCUACUCUGACAUGACUCUGAGAGGAGAGAACGUCUCCCUGAGCUUCAGGACGAACCAGAGUCCCGCUCUGCUCCUCUACGUCGACUCCUACCACAGAGAGUACCUGGCUCUGCUGCUCAACAAGCAUGACAAGCUGGAGGUGAGAUACAGACUAGACGGCAGUAAAGAUGCCGAGAUCCUGAGGAGCAAAGUGAGGAACCUCGCCAACGGACAGCUGCAUGCUGUUACCAUCAGCAGACUGGCAGAUGCUGUCUCUGUGCAGGUUGACCAGAACACCAAAGAGGACUUCAACCUGACAUCUGAUGUAGAAUUCAAUGCCAUCAGGUCGCUGGUCCUUGGCCGAGUGCAUAACUCUGGGGAGUUAGACCCGGAGUUGUCUCGGCUUGCCACUCUGGGUUUUACGGGAUGUCUGUCUGCUGUUCUCUUUAACUCCAUCAGUCCUCUGAAAGCUGCUCUGCUCCACCCAGGCACCAGUCCUAUCACUGUUACCGGCCCACUGGUCCAGUCCAUUUGUGGCUCCACUUCAGCCAAUCCCUACGCAGCAGAAACCACACACCACCUAUCAGGUCAGUCUGGAUCAGUGGAAACAGGUCAACCUUUAGUGAAUGCCAUCAGGAGUGACUCAGCUCUAAUUGGAGGUGUGAUAGCAGUGGUGAUCUUUGUGACCGUGUCUGCGUCAGCCAUAAUGGCCCGAAUCUUCUACAGGAGGAAAGGGACGUGCCAGAGCCAGGAACUAAAAACAGUAAAACCUGAAGACAACCCGGAGCUGGCCUUCAGUGGCUCACAGAACGGUCCGAGCGAAAACCAGAAAGAGUAUUUUAUUUAGGCGGAGGUUUGAUCUCCUGCUAACCCGGGAGUGUUGGAGCUGAGGAGAUGGACAGACAGAGAUGCCUUGUCAAGCCUCAGUGCUUUACACUACAGACUGAGCCCGAGCAGUGGCUCUACAAGAAAGAAAGACACUAACAGAACUAUUCACUCAUGUUCUGUUUUCUUUGGUUUUGUUUUGUUUUUGCUUCUGUGGUUGUAUUUUUGUAAAGUCUGUAUAAAGAUGCACAAGAAGAAAGUGUUGAAUUUAUAAUAUGUCAAUACUCUCAGUAGAAGACUUGUAAAUAUUUAAUGAUGUAAAUCUUACAAUGAUGACUUUAUAUCAACCAGUCCUUUCUCUGUCCUAUUGAAAUGUUUGAAAUGAUUAAACAAGGAACUGUAUUUUUCAUGGAACUGUUGGAAUGAAAGUUACAACAGCUUUGUUGGGUUUGGGGUGAUUUAAAUACAUUUUCUGACAUGGAUAAAGUCUGACAAUAGAUGUAAUUGUGACAUAAUUAAGUGAGUGAGUCUAGUUAAUUAAAUUUACAGUUGUUUUCAUGGUUUUUGUUGUUUUGAUUGUUUGCUCCUACUGUAUGACCUGUGGGUAAGCAAAACUUUCCAUUUUCUCAGUCUUCUCUUAAAGUCUCUGCAUUUUAUUCGCCAUGAUUCUCUUUCAUUACAUUACAGCUUGAAGCAAAGCUUAGCUGAUAUAUUAUUUUUAUAUUUAUUUUGAAUUGAUAUCUUCUUUCUGUGCCUUUCCUGCCUCCAACUCUCAGUGUAGUUCUGAAUAGUUAAGGUAUUGAGACAGACACAGUUGCUGUUUUUAUUGAGGACUACAAGAUAUUCCAGCCUUUCUGUACCCAACAUCGUUCCAACUGAAACAUUUUAUUUGUCAAAUUUUCCGAGAAGCAACACAAAUACGAAAGUGUGAAAAUAAAAAUCAUGUAGUUUAAGCUGAAGGAGAGCAAAGGAUUUCAUUGAAACUGACUGUACUCAUUCAGGUGUUAUUCAGAUCUAAUCAGUCGAGCAACCAAACAGACACAAAGUAAGAAUCAACGUGUGUUUCUGCUAGAUUUUAAGCAAAGGACUGGAUGUCCUUUAAGUUUAAGUUUGAAAAUGUUUUUAUGAAUUGUAUUAUUGAUAUAAGACACAUCUUCAUCACAUGAUUCAUUGUAGGAACACUUUCAUAGUGAGGUAAAAAUCUUCAUAAAAUGCCCCCAAACAGCCAAUAAACUGCCAACUGAACAAACCUGAUGUCUAAAAGUUGAGAAAUAAGUAACGUGAUGAAUAACUUAAUCAUACUAGCAUGGUAUGCUUGGAAGGGAAACAGGGAAUGCUUAGCUUUCUACCAAUCCACCAUACAAACAUGCUCUGAAUAUAAAAACCAGUAAUAUGAUCAGCUUCAGCCUGGUGGUGCGGUACAUUAUGACAAAGCCCUAUCAUCUGUAAAACUAAUACAUACACAAAGUGAGGAGCUGCUUUAUACAGUGUGAAUGGUACUGUUACUGAAUGUCACUUUACAUUUCUGGUUUAGGUGGAAGAGGUUCUCUUCUGGCUGUACAUCACUUUAAAACUAUAACAACAUAAUGAUCUUGACAGUAUGAUGGGUAAUUACAAUUAACUGACUUUCUGUAAGAUUUUAACUUGUA